GCCACCACAAAACUUGCACCGCAAUUAAACCUUCCCGAAGGUUAAAACAGUAAUUUUCUUUAAUUAUUUCCGCAUGAGAGAUCUGUCACAUGUUUUGUAGCUCAUUGUUAGGGUAAAAAAGCUUCACAUUGUUCUCGAAACAGAGAAAAGAGCCAAUGGGAGGAUUAGCCUCAGUCACAGUCAGCUUGCUUUUUGUGUUUAUUAUUUUCACAACAAUUUUAUUACUCGAAAAUGAUGUAAAUGCAGCGAGGCAUCAUCCCCAUUUGGGGAAGAACCAGAAAAACAACAACAGUAGUCCACCUGGCAUCUCCCCUGUUAAUUCCCCCGGCCCAUUAUACCCUCCCUCAAUCCCAUCGGACCCGAGUUACGGGCCGGGUCCAACCCGGCCCGAAAAUCCAAUUUCGGGCUGCACCUUUGACGUCACGGAUUUCGGAGCUGUCGGGGAUGGAGCCACUGACGACACAGCCGCCUUUCGGUCCGCGUGGAAGGCCGCCUGCCAGGUGGACAGCGGAGUUCUCUUGGUGCCUUCGGGCCUAGUUUUCGUAAUCACAUCCACCAUUUUUUCUGGGCCUUGCAAGCCGGGCCUUGUUUUCCAGGUGGAUGGGGUGAUUAUGCCGCCGGACGGGCCCGAUUGCUGGCCGAAAUCGGAUAGUAACAAGCAGUGGCUUGUGUUUUAUAAGCUGGAUAAUAUGAGUUUUACUGGCACAGGCACAAUUGAAGGCAAUGGCCAAAAGUGGUGGGAUCUUCCUUGCAAGCCUCACAGGGGCCCGAAUGGAUCAACACUGCGGGGACCAUGCAACAGCCCUGCGCUCAUUCGCUUUUUCAUGAGCACCAAUUUAGUUGUCUCCGGCCUGCGCAUUCAAAACAGCCCACAAUUCCACAUGAAGUUUGACGGCUGCGAAGGCGUACUCAUCGACAAGCUCUCCAUCUCAUCCCCGAAGCUGAGCCCCAACACGGACGGAAUUCACAUCGAGAACACGAAAUCCGUCGGGAUAUAUAACUCCGUCAUAGCCAAUGGGGAUGAUUGCAUUUCAAUCGGGACCGGCUGCUCGGAUGUCGACAUUGAAGGCGUCACCUGCGGGCCUAGUCACGGGAUCAGCAUAGGCAGCCUCGGGCCCCACAACUCGCACGCGUGCGUGUCGAACGUGAGCGUUCGGGACGCGGUGAUAAGGGAGUCGGACAACGGGGUGCGGAUAAAGACGUGGCAGGGGGGGACGGGUUCGGUCACGGGUAUCUCGUUCGAGAACAUCCAGAUGGAGAACGUGCGCAACUGCGUGAUCGUGGACCAGUACUACUGCCUCACCAAGGCGUGCCGGAACCAGACGUCGGCAGUCCGGCUCUCGGGAGUCACCUUCCGGAACAUCAAGGGCACGUACGACGUGCGGUCCCCGCCCAUACACUUCGCGUGCAGCGACACAGUCGCGUGCACCAACAUCACGAUGUCGGAGGUGGAGCUGCUGCCCCACGAGGGGGUGCUGGUGGACGACCCUUUCUGCUGGAACGCGUACGGAGUGCAGGAGACGCUCACGAUACCGCCAGUCGACUGCCUGCUGGACGGGAUGCCGCAGUCGGUGGUCGAUGAUGGUUACAUUCUAUGUCUACCAAUUGAGAAUUUGAUUUUACCGAAUCAUCAGCAACCAAAGCCAGAACCAUUUCAUGAUGGCUUAUCCAGCAGCAGCAGUGACGAUUUCACUGCAAAUCAUCACGUAAAGGAGGUAACUAUUUCGGUGAUUAUCCCUGUGAACAGCUUACCAGUAUAUUUGAGUUUGAGUGAUGACAUAUCAUCACAGACCUUUUCUUGGGUGGCAUUCUCUCAUUGCAAGCUUUCGAUUUUGGCAGUUCUACUUUUAACACUGUACGAGAAAAAUCAUUUCUACACAAGCUCAGCUGUCGCCGCGAGUCUUCACGCGCCGCCGUUCGUCGCUCCAGCACUAGCUGCUUUCGUCUCGCAAGUAUGCAUUCCGCCGCCUCUUGCACCCCGCACCUCCCCUUUUGCAAUUUCCGUUGUUAACUUAGCCUCCAUUCAGCAAAGAACGGAAGAAGAAAACGAUUUCCCUCGCUUGAACCGUGGAAAAAAAAAGGAAAAGGAAAAGGAAAGAGAAAGAGAAAGAUGGUGGGUGCUUUCAAUGUCUGAUGUAGUGGAUAUUUCCGAUGAUGAAGAUUUUCCAAUGCCACCGAACGAAUUAUCAGUUACUCUGAAGUGCGAGAGUUUGGAUUAUGAUUUUCCACCAGAAAACGCAAGCGCAAGGCCUGCGGAUGAAAAUGUGGCAAGCUCAUCUGGGACCAAUUUAAGGUCAUCUUUCUUGGGGAUGGGAUUUGCGCCGGCUCUUGUCGACAAAGCAAUUGAAGAACAUGGUGAAGAGAAUGCCGAGUUACUGUUGGAGACACUCUUUGCAUAUUCUAAUCAUCAGCAACCAAAGCCAGAACCAUUUCAUGAUGGCUUAUCCAGCAGCAGCAGUGAUGAUUUAACUGCAAAACAUCACGUAAAGGAGGAACCUGAUGCCGGCAGCCCUACUGACGGGAAAAAAGAAUCUUUGUUAAAAAUGAAUUUCACUGUGGAUGAAGUUGAGCUUGCUAUGGGUAGACUUGGUAAACAUGCUGCUGUUGGUCAAUUAAUGGAUUUCAUUUUUGCUACUCGGAUGGCCAAGAAGUAUGAGAAAGACACAUCUAAUAUAAUAUCUGGAGGCGAGGAAAGUGAAAAGGAUUGCAGUAAUGAGGUGUUAUUUGGUGUCAUGGACAAGACACUUCAACUACUUGAAAUGGGCUUUUCGGAGAAUGAAAUAUCGACAGCUUUUGAGAAAUGUGGUUCAGAAGCACCUCUCCCCGUGCUCACGAACUCGAUCGUCGACCCUACUUACCAGUAUCAGCCUCCAAAACGAAAAUCGGCAGAGCCCCUUCUCGACUCGUCAUUCAUCAAAACCGAGGAACCCAGCGACCUCACAUCCCAAGUCGGUAGUUCCGACUCGCUCGUAAAAUCAAAGCGGCGCAAGAUUCCGCGAACAACGCAGCUCGCCGACGAACCAAACGACUUAAACACAUACCCAAAGGAAGAAUUCGCUGAGGAGACCGCGAGCUCUGCCAGCCUAGCAUGGCUCGAAGCACCAAAUUUCGAGGAAGAUUCAAAACCCUCGAUUUACACAUCCACACCAAACCCUAAAAAAACCCUCUCACCCGCAGCUGCUCGGCCCCCAUAUUUCCUCUAUGGCCGCGUCACCAGUCUCUCUCUUUCCUCCUGGGCCAAGAUCUCUCAGUUUCUGUACUCUGUCCAGCCCGAGUUCGCAAACAACGAGUCUCAUUCAGCCCUUCGCCGACAGGAAGGCUACGUACACAACCUCCCUACGGAAAACCGGGCCCACAUUCUCCCCAGAGGCCCACUUACCAUCCAGGAAGCUUCCCCUGAAGCCAGAAAAUGGUGGCCCGCGUGGGACACCCGGAAGCACCUGACCCAAAUCAGCUACCAGACGGGCUCGACGGCCCACCUCAUCGACGGGCCUCCACCACGGGACCUUGUCCAGCAGAUCCAGUCCAAGAACCUUAUCUGGAUGGGCCGAAACCGGGUCGGUCCAGUGGAUCCUGAGCUGGCGGAGCGCGUGAUGGGCUAUCCACCGAACCACACUCGAGUUUCUGGGCUGGGCCCGGAUGAGAGGGCCCGGUUACUGGGGCUCGGUUUCCAGACGGACACGCUUGGGUACCGACUCUCAGUGCUGAGGCGGGUUUGCCCGGGAGGUGUGGCCGUGCUGUCGUUGUUUACGGGGAUUGGGGGUGCUGAGGUGGCGCUGCACAGGCUCGGGAUUCGGAUGAGAGGGGUGGUGUCGGUGGAGGGGAGCGAGGUGAAUCGGAGGGUGGUGAGGAGGUGGUGGGAGGACAGUGGGCAAUGUGGGGAGCUUGUGCAGAUCGAUGAUGUGAAGAAGGUGACGGGAGGGAGACUGGACGAGUUGUCGAGGAAGUUUGGGGGGUUCGAUUUGGUGGUGUGCCAGAACACGAGCUCAGGAGCGGAUGGUGGGGGGGUGAUGUCUGGUUUGGAUUUCUCCAUGUUUGUGGAGUUUGUGAGGGUGCUGCAGCGUGUGAGGUUGAGCAGAUGAGAUUUUUUGUGGAGAUCUAGAUUUUGUGAAUAUAUCAAUGAGGAGAAGUUGGAAUAUUACGGUUUUUUAUAAGGGUUGAGCACGGGAUUUGGACAUUACCGAAGAAAAUCGAACUAAAUUCAUUUCGAACCGAAACAUAUCUGUUGAGUGUUUGACUAUCUCCGAACCAAAUUGUACCAUACCGAAUUUUUUUUGGUGUGGUUCUGGAGAUUCAUAGAUAUUCAUAUCGAGAAUCAAAUCGAGCCGGACU